UGGCAAUUUUGACCAUAAUUUCACUGUGGUGAAUUCUUUUAAUCUUUAGGCAUCAUAUGAUUGAAACCACUUUUGUCUUACACCAACACCACCAUUUAUCUUGUUGACUACUUACCUGUACCUACCUGUCGAUACGAAUCUUCAUAAUUAACCGCAUGUUGUGCAUUCUACUCACCUUCGUUGUCGUCGUUGAACGUUGUUAUCGUCGUCAUCGUCGUUUGCCAGUAGAACUUUAUUAAGAUUUGUGACAUUUUAUUAUACAAGUAGUCAUUAUUAACGUUGAAUUGUGAGAGUAUUGUUACAGUCUUUGUAGCUGUUGAUUAAUAAUAAUUAAAUUUGCCAUUACAGUUUAAAACAUUUGUUUGUGGAUUUGUGAAUUCAUCCGAGUCUGCUCUUAAGAACCUGGUCAAUUCUUGGUCGCAGAUUUAUUUUAAUCAUAUGUCAUUUGUGUUAUCAGUCACAGUGUGCUGUGAAUUGUAAAUCAUCAGUAGUAUGGAACAACAAGUCUGUGGAGCAAUGGAACAGAAUCUUGCUGAACGGACUGCAGAUUCAAUAUUGAAAAAGUACUCUGAAGAGCAAAUUAUUCAAGAACUUUGUGAUUUGAACUUGAACGUAGUGUCAUCCUCUAGAGCCAAUUACAAUACGUUACGCCAAUACCUAUUUGAUAUUAUCCUAAAGCACCCUGACCCUGAUCAGGAACUAAGGAGAAUAAAGGCAAGGAUUUUGAGUGAAAAGGCCAGGGCAACAUCUGAGGCAGACAGACAGUCUUUAGACCCCCAGGACCCACCCCUUCGACAGGCCACUCCUCCUGCCAAUAUAGAGGAAGAAGAGCCAGGCGAAGAACAGCUUGAGGAAGAUCAUCAAUUAAAAUUAAAUCCAGAUUUAUCUCCGGAAUUUAAGCAAAUGAUAUCCUGCAUAGAGCAACUGAGGGAAGAACAAAGUAGACAAAGAGAAGACAUGGUGGAACUACUGAAAACGUUGUCAGCGCAACAAAGUAGAUCUCAUCCAAGUUCUCCAUCUUCAUCCAGACAUGAGUCUGACAUUUCUAUGGACCCUCAAGUCAUAGAUAGGCGGUACGAACAGUAUGUUAGCAACGCCCAUGCAGCUUUAAAGCGCCUUGAAAAGGAGCUGCAGGAAGAUUCUAUAGAAUCAAAUCUAGACUUGGCAGAUGAAAAGGCCCAAGUUAACGUUGGAAAGCUGAUUACAUUUGUCGAACAGUGUAUCUUUCCACAAGAUUACUCCAUGAAGAGAGAGCGGCAGUUACAACAAACUAGCAUAUUGGAGAAGGACUUCGACGAAGCUCAUCGCCAAGCAAAAUUAAGGAUUCGUUCCUUACAGAAGAAAGAAGAACAAAGAAAACGUCAAUCCUUUUUAUCAUCGUCGAUCAAGGUUCCCUCCUAUUAUGGUGAUGUACUAGACUUUGCUUCGUGGAUAUCUGAAUUUGAUCAACUGGUACAUUUUAACGCAGAUGUGCACGACCAAGGCAAGUUGAAAGCCCUUAAAGAGUCAUUGAAAGGAACUGCGGCGUCCACAUUGACAAACUUCGACAUUAUUGGUAAAAACUAUACAACUGCCUACAAUCUUGUACGGAAACGUUUUGGGAAACCUCGGCUACUUAUUCACCAUGAAGUAGAGUCAAUAGUCAAAAUACCAGAACUAAAGGACGACGCCACAUCAUAUCGCAAAUGUCUUGAACAAAUGGAGACCAGAUCCACGAACCUAUCAACCCUAAAAGCAGACAUGGAGACAGUGUUGGUUGGACUGGUGGUCCCCAAAUUCACCAGGACAUUAAGGAUGUCAUGGGAAAGACAUUUAAAAUCGCAUGUAAAUGAUGACGCCUGUGCUUCCAUGAGAGAUCUGCUUGAUUUCCUACAGGUUGAAACAGAACUACUUGAAGCAUCUUCUAACAUUGACAAAUUGCCUUUCAAGCAGAUCAAUGAAAAAGCACAAAGAAGACAGAACAGCAAGCGACACAUGGGAUCUGCCCAAUCUCUUGCCAUCACGUCUAAAAAGAAAGUCAGCUCCCCGAACACAUUGCCUCUAUCGGGAUGUUCUUUCUGUGCAAAGGCCCAUGCUCUGGACACUUGUAGCCAGUUUUCUUCGUUGGACCAAAAAGAUAGACUAAUUCACGUGUUCACAGCCCGUAUAUGCCGUUCCUGUCUAGAACCAUUUGGGGGACCUAAACACAGUUGUGGAAAAACUUGUCCAAUCUGUUCGCAACGACACCAUGAAUUAUUACAUGAUGGGUACCUGUCUACUCCAAGCAGAGGUCUUCCUGCCAAACAACCAACGCCAAGAGCAAAUGUCACAUCACCAAAUCAAGUAUCCUUACCUUCAGUUUUAGUGGCAAGACCUACAUCUCCAGAUGAUGCUUGUGCGGCUCUCCCUGUUCUACAAGCUAAGAUUACCUACAAAGAAAAAACGUGUAUCGUUAAUAUUGGUAUGGAUAGUUUUUCAGAAAAGAGUUUUAUCACUAAGGAUAUAGUGGAUACAUUACAUCUUCCGGUUUCUAAAAUGUCUCCAUUAGUGGUGGCAGGAUUUGGUGGUUUGAAGACUGAACUUCACGAGGCAACCACAUUUGAUCUUACUCCAUUGCAAGAACUUCAAUCUUCUUCCUUCAAGACAACUAUUCAUAUUGACGCUAUCAUACGAGAUGGUGAUAUCUGUGAUCCUGUUACUCCUGUACAUCUCCAUCCCAAUUUGGCAACUGUUUGUGAACAGUAUCCCUUAGCACGUGCACCUCUAGACCAGUCUGUACGUAUUCAUGUGCUACUUGGAGCAUGUCAUGUUGUCUCCAGUAUGAGGGUUGUGGCCCACUUAGACAAGGAUGGCCCUUGCAUUUUGUCAACACCCUUUGGCUAUACCAUUGGUGGUUCAUACAGAAAUACAUCUUCACUGAAAACAAAUCAAGUAAAUUCCUGUUUAAUAUUAACGCCCAAGAUUCGAAUCCUGGAUACAGAAGAUGCUGGGAAGGAUCCUACUAGUUUUGCCAAGAAAGAAGGCAAUAUACACCUAGAAGAGGACACCAUUAAUUUGGAUAAACAGUUAGAGAGACAUAUGACUCUGGAAUCUUGGGGACUAGGAACUCAGGAAUGUACCACCUCAAAUGAAGAUGAGAUGGCUAUUCAGAAAUUCAAGGAAAGCGUGUUUUUUGAUCAUUGCAGUGGACACUAUGAAGUGGCCUUACCUUUUAGAGAAGAAUCAUUACCUCUGAAAGAUAACAUGGAUGUAGUCCUGAAAAUAAUGUUGAGGACUGAACGUCAAUUGUUGAGAUCUCCAGAAAAAAUGAAAAUGUACAAUGAGGCUAUGGAUGACUAUGUCAAGAGAGGCUUUGCUAAGGAGUUAUCAGAAGAUGAAGUUAAAUGGGCUCUUAACCAGGAACACAUGUUCUUGCCUCAUCACCCUGUUAUAAAGGACUCUGUUUCCACAGCACUUCGUGUUGUUUUCAACGCUUCACAUAAAGCAAGCCCUGAAGACUCAUCUCUAAAUGAAGCUCUAUUACCUGGCCCAAAGCUCCAGCCAGAUCUAUGUCAGAUCCUUCUUCGAUUCAGAAUAAACCGCUUUGCUGUGGCAGGCGACGUUACCAAGAUGUUUUGCAUGACCAAUCUGGCCCCAGCUCAUUGGAGGUAUCAGCUUUAUCUUUGGAGAGGAGGCGAUACAACAAUUUCACCAAAGAUAUAUGCAAUGGUUACUUUAAUGUUUGGAGUAACCUCUUCACCUUAUCUUGCUAUACAAACAAUGAGACAUCAUCUAGAUAAGUAUUCUCAGAGUUAUUCGGAUGAAGUGAAUGAGAUCAGAGAAAAUAUGUACGUAGAUGAUUUUCUCUUUGGUGGUUCUGAUGAGGAUCAAGUACAGGAACUCUGCCAUAAUUCUAUCAAGAUCCUGUCGGAAGGUGGAUGGCAAUUACGGAAGUUCUCAUCCAAUUCUCAACAUGUCUUAGAAUCCCUCUCACCAGAGCAGCGAAUGACCAAUUCUCUGAUUAGUUUUGACGAUGAAGAGAAACUAGAGGCUGGAAUCUCCACAACUUUAGGAUUGGUAUGGGACACUAGAAGGGACACCUUUGGAAUCAAAGUGAUGGAAUCCUUACUGAAGCCAGCCAAAAAGGUCACCAAGCGAGUAAUUGUCAGUCGCUUUUCUUCAAUAUUUGAUGUUUUCGGUUUCGUUGGACCUUUCACCCUUCAGAUGAAGAUCAUUGUCCAAAAACUAUGGAAACAAAAAUACGAUUGGGACGAACCAGUUCCUAAAGGAAUUGAGUCUGAAUAUAGAAUAUGGGAAAGCGAACUUCACAAGUUGAAUGAGAUUUGGAUACCAAGAUGGACAUACCUCGAUCCUGCUGUCCUUGAAAGCCAGCUGUGUGGGUUUGCUGACGCUUCUUCGUAUGCCCUUGGCGGGGUAAUAUUUUUGCGUGUUGUUGACACCACAGGAGGAAUCCGUAUUACGUUCCUAAUGGCGAAGAGCAAGGUUGCACCUGUAAAAGCUGUUACAAUUGCCAGAUUGGAAUUAGUGGCAGCCCUCCUACUUUCUAAGAUGAUCACCUUUAUCAAGGAAGCUUUCACUACUGUAAAUCCUGACGUUCAUUUGUGGACAGACAGCUCCAUAGUAAUAUCUUGGCUUUCAAGACCCAGUUACGACUGGAAGACGUACGUUCGCAAUAGAGUCCAGAAAAUUCAAGAGCUGACCAGUGGGUGUGAAUGGCAUCAUAUUCCUGGAAUUGAAAAUCCAGCAGAUAUCCAUUCGAGAGGUUCGAAUCUUUCGGCUUUAAUGGAAAAUGACCUUUACUGGAAGGGCCCUUAUUGGUUACAACUUCCUAUCUCAUCAUGGCAGUCCAGUACUCCAACCGAUCCAGAAGAAGAGGAAUUAGCACGGGAAAAAGCUAGUACAACUUCUACAUCUCUUCUAGUUGAGAUCACCCACUCCACUAUAUUGGAUAAGUCCAAUGAUUAUCACCGCUGUCUUAGGCUUGCGGGAUUUAUUCGGAGAUGGUUAAAUACUAUUAAGCAGCGCAAGAGUUCGAGAAUAGAUUCCACCAUCCAACAUCAAGACACCACUGUGCCAAGUAAUAGAGAUCUUUUGUCUGAAGAACUUGAGCCUUUGUCGUCUCAGGAACUAAAAGAGUCAGAGGAUGGGUUGCUACGUUACACCCAAUGGAUGCAUUUUCCUCUAGAGUAUGAAGCUCUAAUGAAUGGAGGAAAGCUACCCAAGGAAAGUCGUUUAACCAAGUUCAAACCCGUGUGGGAUAAAAACCGACGUCUUAUUGUUGCCCAAGGACGACUAACAUUUUCAAACCUUCAUCCUGAAGCAAAACAACCUGUGAUACUUCCUUCAAAGGACAAAUUGGUGGAAUUACUUAUUCUUCAUGUACAUCAAAGUAGAUCCCACGCACCUCAAGAUCAUACAGUCAACUUGUUACGUAAUAGAUAUGCUAUACUGCAUUGUAGACAAUCUGUUCGAAGCGUACUUAGACAUUGUGUGCAAUGUCGACAUUAUAAUGCCCCUCCUGUCUCACAACAAAUGGGAUCUCUACCAGAGUGUCGCACUGGCUCAAUUAUCGCCCCUUUUGACACAUUAGGAGUCGAUUAUACUGGCGCAAUAACUGUUAAAGCACCAGGCGGGAAGACUAUUAAAGCCUACAUUUUGAUUGGAACAUGUGCCCAGACUAGGAUGUGUCAUCUCGAACUCACAACUGGCAUGAGCACAGAGGCUACCCUUGGGGGAUUAAGACAUAUAAUUAAUCGUCGUGGUAUGCCAAGAAGAAUCAUCUCCGAUAAUGCUAAGUACUUCAUAAAGUGCUCUCAAGUUGUCAAGUCCGAGCUGCAACAUUACGCAACAUCUCAUGGUAUUAACUGGGAAUUCAUCGUUGAUCGAGCUCCACACAGAGGUGCCUUCUGGGAAAGGUUAAUCCGGUCCAUGAAAGAACCCUUGCGUAAGAUAAUUGGUAAUUCAAUGCUAACCUGGGAAGAAAUGUUGACCAUUUUAUCAGAUGUGGAACGACACUUAAACUCAAGACCACUUACCUACACUGGAUCUGAUGUCAACAACCCUCGUUCCAUCACACCAGCUCACCUUGCUUUCGGAAGGUCCUUGGAGCAGCUUCAAGAGGCUCCCGCAGAGUUAAAAUCUUUGAAUGACAGGUAUCGUCUUCAAAGAGAUGUUUUACAACAGUUUUGGGAACGUUGGGAGUCGGAGUAUCUUCCUAACUUACUGCCUUUACAGAAAUGGUAUACAGAGAAUGAGCCCCUUCAAGAAAAUGAUGUUGUCCUAAUCACAGAGGACAAUACCCGCAGACCACAGUGGAGAAUGGCAAGAGUCAUCGAAGGAAUUCCUAGUCGCGAUGGUAUAGUGAGGACUUAUCGUCUGCAGACCUCCACAAGUGAACUGAAGAGACCUGCUCAGCGGCUUCGGUUACUAGAGAAACACAGCCCAAUUCCAUUGAUGGAGGCUGAGGAUAAAAACUGUGCGCGUGACAUUUCAAGUGCUGAUGUUGUAGAUCUCCAGAGAGAUCUAAGUGGGGAGUGUAAUGACGUGCCGCCAUCGGACGAAAUGAGUGUGGACGUUUUAACUAAAACUAGAUGUGGGCGAACUGUCCGUAGGCCGCUUAGGUUCGACCAAUAAUAUAGCGGCAUGCUUGACUUUUCUAGCCAAUCACUGUUCAUUUCCUUCUCCCUCCAUUUUUUGUAAAACCAUGCUUGUUUUGCUGUGUUUAUUUUAUUAGUAUUGGCAAUUUUGACCAUAAUUUCACUGUGGUGAAUUCUUUUAAUCUUUAGGCAUCAUAUGGUAAGAGUAUUGUACUUUAUUAUGCAUAUUGUGAUGUUAAUUAGUGAUUGUUUUCACGAUUAUGUACAAUUUAGAUUGUAAAUUACUGCAGUAAUAGUUUUGUUUAGAGCAACGAUACCAUUCUUCACGUCAUUUGAAAAUGUCCAUUAUUAUUCAUUUCAGAUUGAAACCACUUUUGUCUUACACCAACACCACCAUUUAUCUUGUUGACUACUUACCUGUACCUACCUGUCGAUACGAAUCUUCAUAAUUAACCGCAUGUUGUGCAUUCUACUCACCUUCGUUGUCGUCGUUGAACGUUGUUAUCGUCGUCAUCGUCGUUUGCCAGUAGAACUUUAUUAAGAUUUGUGACAUUUUAUUAUACAAGUAGUCAUUAUUAACGUUGAAUUGUGAGAGUAUUGUUACAGUCUUUGUAGCUGUUGAUUAAUAAUAAUUAAAUUUGCCAUUACAGUUUAAAA